UACCAACCCACAUAAAUUUAUCGCAUCUUCACCAUCAAAUUCCCACUAAUAUCGAAAAUAGCAUCAAGAUUAGCGAUGCCCUUAUGCUCAAUUGGACAGAAUCAAAGGGGGGAAAUCUUCGUCGCCUUCGAUCACAACAAAUAUGAGGCAAUAAAAGCUUAUCUAGGCCUUUUUAGAGUCUCGAUGAUGUCCAGGUGAAAGCUUCAGCUGGGUUUAUUCUAUUUCUAUAUCCGCUGUGAGGAAGUAAAAGAAUCCCCAAUUUGGGUACUGCCCAUUAUCAGAUCAGCUGUGAUUUUCAGAUUGAUUUCUUAGUGUCUUUUAGAAAUUGGGCAUUUGGAUUGAGAAUUCAUGGGGAAUGCUUCAUCGAUGCUCACUCAAUAUGAUAUUGAAGAAGUUCAAGAGCACUGCAAUAAACUUUUCUCCCAACAGGAAAUAGUGUCCUUGUAUCAGAGAUUCUGCCAACUUGAUAGAAAUGCCAAGGGGUUUAUUUCAGCUGAUGAGUUCCUUUCAGUUCCUGAAUUUGCUAUGAAUCCACUUUCUCAGCGUCUGCUCAAGAUGGUUGAUGGCUUGAAUUUUAAGGAUUUUGUGGCUUUCUUGUCAGCAUUCAGUGCUAAAGCUAGUGUGCAACAUAAGAUUGAAUUUAUUUUCAAGGUAUAUGAUGCCGACUGCAAUGGAAAGGUGUCUUUCAAUGAUAUAAUUGAAGUGCUUCGGGAUUUGUCGGGUCCAUUCAUCUCCGACGAGCAGAGAGAGCAAGUCUUGUGCCAACUAUUACAAGAAGCAGGCUAUACAAGAAACUCUCAGUUGACACUCGAUGACUUUAUUAAGGUUCUUGGUAAUUCAGGCAUAAAAAUGGAUGUAGAAGUUCCAGUCGAUUAGUUGUUGAUUUGUUAAUUCACUUUCAAGAAAAAAGUUAAACACAAGGAGUCUCAAGUAAAAUGAAGUUUGUGAUGUUCCAUUCAGAACUUAGACCAGAAUGUACACAUCUGCUUCAGUUCAUCUCUGUUGCAGAAAGUUGUAAUGGAAGAGACUGCCCUUUUCUUUUUCAUAAUUUGUAAAGAAACUAUCAAUAAUGUCAAUCAAUGAUUUCCUUUUGUAACUGAGAUCAAA